CCACUUCCAUCAGAGGGGGCUCCUCAGGUUCUCUUCCAAGUAGCCCUGAAGGCACUGCUUGCAAGAAGGCCACUAGCUGGGAAUGAGGGACUUGGGAGUGCUCCCCCAAGGGAGGACUCUGGAGGGGUGAGACAGAAGGAUGGAGAGAGAUAGGGAGAUAGAGCUAGGAGCUUGUGAAGCUAAGAAUGUCGGAGACCUCCGCACCUGCACUUGGAGGCAGGCGAGCCCUGCCCCGAAACGCCUCCAAUGCGGCAGAGGAUGACCUCCCCACUGUGGAGCUGCAGGGGCUGACCCCCCGGGGCUUCAACCUGCAAGACUACCUUAAUGUCACAAAUGUUCACCUGUUCAAGGAGAGAUGGGACACCAACAAAGUGGACCACCACACUGACAAGUAUGAAAACAACCACCUGAUUGUACGUAGAGGACAGUCUUUCUUCAUUCAGAUUGACUUCAAUCGUCCAUACGACCCCAGAAGGGAUUUCUUCAGAGUGGAAUAUGUCAUUGGUCGCUACCCUCAGGAGAAUAAGGGAACCUACAUCCCAGUUCCUGUCGUCUCACAGCUGCAGAAAGGCAAGUGGGGGGCCAAAGUUGUCAUGAGAGAGGACAGGUCUGUCCGGCUGUCCAUCCAGUCUUCUCCAGAGUGCAUUGUGGGGAAAUUCCGCAUGUAUGUUGCUGUCUGGACCCCCUACGGCAUUCUCCGCACCAGCCGAAACCCAGAAACAGACACAUACAUUCUCUUCAAUCCUUGGUGUGAAGAGGAUGCUGUGUAUCUGGAUGAUGAUAAAGAAAGAGAAGAGUAUGUCCUGAAUGACAUCGGGGUUAUAUUUUAUGGAGACUUCAAUGACAUCAAGACUAGAAGCUGGAGCUAUGGUCAGUUUGAGGAUGGCAUCCUUGAUGCUUGCCUGUAUGUGAUGGAUAGAGCAGAAAUGGACCUUUCUGGUAGAGGGAACCCCAUCAAGGUCAGCCGUGUUGGAUCUGCAAUGGUUAAUGCCAAAGAUGAUGAAGGUGUCCUUGUUGGAUCCUGGGACAACAUCUAUGCCUAUGGUGUCCCCCCAUCAGCCUGGACCGGAAGCGUUGACAUUCUGUUGGAAUACCAGAGUACUAAGAAUCCAGUCCGGUAUGGUCAGUGCUGGGUUUUUGCUGGUGUCUUUAACACAUUUUUGCGAUGCCUUGGGAUACCAGCGAGAGUUGUUACCAAUUAUUUCUCAGCCCAUGAUAAUGAUGCCAAUUUGCAAAUGGACAUCUUCCUGGAAGAAGAUGGGAACGUGAACUCCAAACUCACCAAGGAUUCGGUGUGGAACUACCACUGCUGGAAUGAAGCCUGGAUGAAAAGGUCUGAUCUUCCUGUUGGAUUUGGAGGUUGGCAAGUCGUGGACAGCACCCCCCAGGAAAACAGUGAUGGGAUGUAUCGGUGUGGUCCAGCCUCUGUUCAAGCCAUUAAGCAUGGUCAUAUUUGCUUCCAGUUUGAUGCACCCUUUGUUUUUGCAGAGGUCAACAGUGAUCUCAUUUACAUUACAGUCAAGAAAGAUGGCACUCAUGUGGUUGAAAACGUUGAUACCACCCACAUUGGGAAAUUAAUUGUGACCAAAGAAGUUGGAGGAGAUGGCAUAAGGGAUAUUACUGAUACCUACAAAUUCCAAGAAGGCCAAGAAGAAGAGAGGCUGGCUCUAGAAACUGCACUGAUGUAUGGGGCUAAAAAGUCCCUCAACACAGAAGGCAUUGUCAAACCAAGGUCUGACGUGGACAUGGAUUUUGAAGUGGAGAAAGCCGUGCUGGGAAGAGACUUCAAGCUCACCAUCACCUUCCAGAACAACAGCCCCAACCGUUACACCCUCUCAGCUUAUCUCUCAGGCAACAUUGUCUUCUACACGGGAGUCUCCAAGACAGAAUUCAAGAAGGAGACAUUUGAAGUGACGCUGGAGCCCAUGUCCUUCAAGAAACAGGAAGUGCUGAUCAGAGCAGGCGAGUACAUGAGCCAGCUGCUAGAGCAAGGGUUCCUGCACUUCUUUGUCACAGCGCGUGUCAGUGAGACCAGGGACAUUCUGGCCAAGCAGAAAUCCACCGUGCUGGCGAUCCCCAAGCUCAUCAUCAAGGUCCGCGGCACUAGGAUGGUUGGUUCUGACAUGGUGGUGACAGUUGAAUUCACCAAUCCUCUAAAAGAAACUCUGCGAAAUGUUUGGAUAUACCUGGAUGGUCCUGGAGUGACAAAACCAAUGAGGAAGAUGUUCCGUGAAAUCCGGCCCAACUCCACUGUGCAAUGGGAAGAAGUUUGUCGACCCUGGGUGUCUGGCCCUCGGAAGCUGAUAGCUAGCAUGACCAGUGACUCCCUGAGACACGUGUAUGGCGAGCUGGAGUUGCAGAUUCAGAGACGACCUUCUGUGUAAAUGCGCAGGGGGCUGAGAUGGACCCAGGCACUGAGCCCCUUGCAGCCUUGGCUAAGGAAAUUCUAAUGCAAAAAAUAGCUCUUGCUUUAACUUAGGUGUGAAGACCCAGCCAGGAUUGCAUGGGGCUCCAGAGUGGAGAUGCCAUGUAUUUCAAACACAACUUUUCAGUAUGACUAUUCAAUAUGGAAGUUAGUUUUUAAUCACUCCACCUUCCAAAGAAUUCUGAGCAUUAGCUUUAAUUAAGCUCUAAUUAAGCUCUCAUAGCUCAUAAGAGUAAAAGUCAUCAUUUAUCAUCACAAAUGGCUGCAGCUCCAAAUAUCAGAGGACUUCAUUUAACAAGGGGAUUUGCUCAAUACCUGGCUUCAUGUAAAACAAGACUCUGAUCUCCCACUCAGCCUUUUGGAGGUAGUAUACUCCCCAAAAGGGAGAGAAGCACAUGAUUUGGGCCCUAGAAUUCUAUUCCCCCUUUUUGGAAUUAGAUUCUACUCUCUGUGUCAGAAUAUUUUUCCCAGGAAUUGAGUACAACAUCAUUUUUCUUCUUGGCAAAGCCAGGGCAAGGUCUUUCAUGUUGCACCUGCAGCAAAGCAACUGCCUGCCAAAUUUCACAGAUUUACCUUCUGAGAAGAUGUGGCCCCAUAUUAACAAAUUGCAUUUGUGGGAAACUUAAUCACCUACGAGGAGAUAAGAUAGCAGGUGCAAUACUCAGAUCUAUUAAAUAAUGUAAUUUUAUGGUGAGUUCUAUAGGAGGUGUCACACUGUGGCCUGAUCAGCAGGAACCAAUAUCCCUUACUUUAACUCUUUUGGGACCACAAUACUAUAAAGUAACAAGGCUGAUUUGGGACAGGGAGAAUGAUGAAUUAAUCUCCUUAAUUAGUGAUUAUACUUCAUGUGUCUCUCUGGGAUCCUUUCCUUCACACAAUAAUGCCAGCCCAAGUACAUUUUUAGAGAUAGAAUAAGCCCUAGAAGUUGGAGACUCUGGCAGAUUUGGUGGACAGACAUGUGGAAGGAUGAACAGCCACUAAUUUCCUGUUGUCCUUCAUAUCGCUCAUGUUGAGACAUCAGCUCAGGACUCAAGCACUGAAAGGUAAUAUGGACUCCAUCUUGCAAAUAGCCAGUGCUGCCACAGACCCAAUGACAGAGGAUGCUAACAACAUUUGUAUUAUGCUCCAAGAUUCCAACAGGCAAGGCUAUCUACUAUGGAUUUGCAAGCCUGAUUUAUGGCCAAAAUUACCCAUCGAUAAUGCCUAAGGUGUGAUUCUUAACAAAAACAAAAGCAAAGUGGGAAAAGCCAUAGUGGAAUUUUCUGAUCUAUAUAACCACAUUUAUAAGCCUUUGAGACUGUUCCCAGCACCAGGAAUCCAUGAAGAGUAGGGGUCACCUCUAUAGUUGCAUCAUACCUAAUUCUAUUAAGUAAUCUCCCAGCCUUCCAAUACUCAAUUUUAAAAUGAAAUGCAUUUUGCUAUACUGUUAAACUGGCUUCAUAGAGUGUAUUCUUAUUAACUAGAGUGUAAUUGAAGCUUCAAAUAAAGUUCAUCUGAUUGUGUUUGCAUCUUCACAGAAGUGAACACUUUUUUAUUUUCUUAAUUAAUUAAUUUAUUUUUGAGAGAGAGUGAGAGGGGGAGGGGAAGAAAGAGAGAGAGGAAGAGAGAGAAUCUCAAGCAGGCUGUGCACCGUCGGCACGGAGCCCAAUGUGGGGCUCAAACUCACAAACCAUGAGAUCAUGACUUGAGCUGAAACAGAGUUGGACGCUUAACUGACUGAGCCACCCAGGUGCCCCCAGAACUGAACACUUUUAAUUUUCAAUACAACAUACUACUCACUACAAGUGCUCAAGAAACCACCCUUCCUUAGCAGUAGAUAACUGACUCUGCAAGGAAAACAAGCAUCUCUCCUUUAAAGGAAAUUUCUUUAGUUGGUACUCAUGUCAGUUAGCUUUCCUUACUGCUCUCUUUACAUUUUAUUAACCGCAUUCACCAAAGGAGGAAGUAUACGUAUUUAGUUCAAAACCAGCUUCCAGAAACUACAAAAUCUCUGUAGAUACUUUUUCAUGAAUGCUCUCCUGCAUCAUUAUGGUGAAUCAGUGGACAAACCAGCAUGGAUACCUAUCAUAAUGAAUACCCUUUUUGGUCUUAGAACAGAGGUGGAAAAUAUAUGGCAAGUGUGUAUGGGAGAUCUUACAUUCAUGGCAAACAUCACUGAAUAAUUGCAACUCAGAUAAGACCUCAGAAUUUUCCUCCACACAGUACUCCAGGCAGCUAUUACCAACUGAUUUAGAGUUGGCACUCAAAAUAAAACCUAUUCAUCAUGCCUAAGAGCCAGCCCAUCCCCUCUGACAACUGGGAUUCUACACUGUAUAAUAAUGUUGCAGCUCUAAAAAUCAUUUUAGCGGUGGUAACAAGCAAUGAAUCUCAGCACCAGAGUCUCUGAAUUCUAGACUUUGCCUGUGCUAGUCCCCUGUGCUUCUGAACAAAUCUUUAUUUGUGUUUAUAGCCUCAAUAACCAAAGAAGGAUAACAAUACUUAUGUUAUCACAAGAUUCUUCUGGGGGAUAUAUCAAGCAAAACUUCACAACAACACAUGAAAAACUAUAGAUAGAUGAUAGACAAUGAAA